AUGAGGAAGGAGAACCAGAGCAGAGUGUCCGAGUUCCUCCUCCUGGGACUCCCCAUCCGUCCAGACCAGCAGGCCGUGUUCUUCAUUCUGUUCCUGGUCCUGUACCUGACCACGGUGCUGGGGAACCUGCUCAUCAUCCUGCUCAUCAGGCUGGACUCCAGCCUCCACACCCCCAUGUACUUCUUCCUCAGCCACUUGGCUUUCACUGACGUCUCUUUCUCAUCUGUCACUGUCCCAAAGAUGCUGAAGAAUAUGCAAACUCACGAUCAAUCCAUCCCUUAUGCAGGGUGUAUAACACAGAUGUAUUUUUUCAUAUUUUUUACUGAUCUGGACAAUUUUCUUCUCACAGCAAUGGCAUAUGAUCGCUAUGUGGCCAUCUGUCACCCGCUCUACUACACCACCAUCAUGACGGAGGAGCGGUGUAUUCUACUAGUAGCUGUUUCCUGGAUCUUGUCCUGCACAAGCGCUCUGUCUCACACCCUCCUCCUGGCUCAGCUGUCCUUUUGUGCUGACAACACCGUCACCCAUUUCUUCUGUGACCUCGCUGCCCUGCUCAAACUUUCAUGCUCAAACACCUCCAUCAACGAGUGGGCCAUUUUCACAGUGGGAGUGGCAGUCAUUACUCUGCCGCUGAUAUGCAUCUUGAUCUCUUAUGGCUGCAUUGGGGCCACCAUUUUGAAAGUUCCAUCUACCAAAGGGAUGUGCAAAGCCUUGUCCACUUGUGGAUCCCACCUCUCUGUGGUAUCUCUGUAUUAUGGUACGAUUAUAGGACUUUAUUUUUUCCCCUCAUCUAGCACCUCCAGCAACAAUGACAUAGUUGCUUCUAUGAUGUACACUAUGGUGGUCACUCCACUGCUGAACCCCUUCAUUUAUAGCUUAAGGAACAGAGACAUGAAGGGGGCCCUGGAGAAAUUCUUCAACAGGGCAACAGUCUCAUCUUGA